AUGAGCGAUGAUGACGGUUCGUCCGGCGGUAGCGACAUUGACAGUGUCGGCCUGAUACCGUCCGACAAAGAAGGAGUGAGCGAUGCAGAGAGUGUAGUGAGAACGCCCAAUGUAGAUGAUGAUGACUCAUCGGACGACGAACCCCUGAGCGUGUUAAAGCAAGAUGUCAAGAAGCGGCUGCGAUCCCAGAAUCGAGACGAGGACGAAGAGUUGGCGUUGGCAGAAAGCAAUUCCGAGGACGAGUCACGACGAGAUGAGUUUGUGCGCGAUUACUCCCGCGAAGGGGACCUGGAAAUGCUGCACAUGCCGCGCGCGACCUUUCCGUUUCCAAGUUACAUUCGUCAAGCUGCAAACCAAUUGGACCCCCAUCGACAUCCCCUCGCGGCAACACCAUUGAACCAGUACUACCGCAAUGCCAUCCGGUCCCACGCGCAAGCGCAUGGCUUCUGUCGACGAUGUCCCAACGAAGGCAAGAGGAGACUCGUCCAAGCGACCAAAGCCCCCUCCAUCUCCCACUACCAGCAGCCGCAGCAGCAGUGA